UGGAGAUGAGCUCUGAUGCACACACAGGCUCUCCACUCGUGUUCUUCAAAAGAAGGGAAGGCAGGAUGAAGAGCUCUCUGUUGCUGUGCGUGGCCUUGGCCGUCUCCCUGGGGUUCGUCCUUGUGGCAGGUUAUCCAUGGGACUCUGGCGACCAAGAGUACGUGCUGGUCAAUAACAAGUGUCAGUGUGUAACAGUGACCUCGAAGUUCGUCCCCUCCAAGGAAAACCCCGGUGAAGAAAUCCUGGAGAGAAACAUACGCAUCCUAGUCCCUCUGAAGGCUCGAGAGAACAUCUCUGACCCCACGUCCCCACUCAGAACCACUUUUGUCUACCGCAUGACUGAACUCUGCAAAAAAUGCGAUCCCGUAGAAAUAGAGCUGGAUGGUGAGAUAUACCAGGCCCAGCAGAGCACCUCCUGCAAUGAACCUGAAACCUGCUAUACCUACAACAGGGACAAGUGCUACACCACAACCUUCCCAUUCCUCUACCGCGGGGAGACGAAAAAUGUUCAAGCAGUUCUGACACCGGCAUCCUGCUACGCCAAUUAGCUCAAUCCACUGCUGUACUAAUGCCUCGUUGCACUCAGUGUUCCUAUCAAAAAUACACAUAUAGCACCGUAGUACCUGGAUGACAGUGUCCAAAAUAUCAGCUUCCAGAGUAAUGCCCACUUGCCUCUUCAUAUUGUUUUCAACAUCAAAUGAGUGCCAUUUCCCAAGAGCAGCUAAUGGUUGUCAGACUCUGUUCGCAUAUCCCCGGCACAUAUCUGCAAUGCCAUUAUUAUACGUCUCAGACUUUAUCACCAUGCAGACCGGAUCCUCAGCAGACGUAAAUCAGUAAUUCCCUUGAAAUCAAGGGAACUACAGCAAUUUACAACACUGGGGAACCUGUCUUUUUGACAGUCUUCAUUGGUCUUUAUGCAAGGCUGCCACGGACAUCAGCAGGGAUGGCCAGUUUUUUUUUCCUUCCCUCCCUGAGCCAUCUAAAGCAAACCUCUGCACAACCGUUAUACAAGACCCUUUGAUUACAUUAGCACAAUUUUUGCCAUUAUUAGAAGUCUGUUGUACAGUCAGAUCUGACAGAAAAGAUGAGAGAUGAGACUAAGAAUUCAGAUUUCAAAGUUAUUUUGCAAUUGUGCAUUCUAAACCAUUCUGGCACUUUGACAAUUGCAAGCUUCCAGUUUUAUCCUACAUUUAGAGAAGAUCAAAAGAUGCCGCUACCCUGAAGUGUUUGGCAAAGUUGCCAGGACCUCAGCUGUGCCAGGAAUAGUAAGCUCUUCUAGGACAUGUUAGGUAUUUCACUUUCCACACUUAUUUACCGAUAUCGAUGCCUUCUUCCAACUCUGCUCCCAGUUCAGGAUGAAAAAAAAAAAGCCCAAGUUGGCUUGAAUUUAUUUUCUUCUUCCUCAUUUUGCAUUUAGAGCUGCAAAAAAUUCUAUGAAGCUGACUCAAUUGCAAGAGCAGGACCCUAGUUAGGGAUUCAUUCCUUCUUUCACACCAGUAGUCUCUUUCUUCAUACAAGAAACCCUCACCAAAUCAAGGCGCUGAUUCUGUAUUGCACCUUACAUUUAAAUGCAUACACUCGGUAUUGCCCAUAGAGACAUCAUGUAUAUGAGCACAUAAGGUGUACAGCAUUACCUUUGGGAUGGCUGGUAUGUUUCUCACUGUUGUCACAAGUUUAUUGUAAAGCCUGCGGCUGUUCUAAGAAGUCCUUAUCUGGCUUCAUACACAAUUGGAAUAAUAAAACAGCAAACACCUUAUUCCCAUAAUUGUAGCUUUGUUAGCAAUACAUUAAAUAAACUUUUCUCUGCAGCA